GAUACGGACGCUUACACUCUCCUCGCCGAAGACCCGACGAAGAAGCAAGCUGCAGCCAUCAAGAAAAAUAUUAAUCAGAUCGCUCGCCAAAAAGUGGUAAAACCUGAAUACGCCAAGUGGAUGAAACUUGGUGAUUCCUGCAUCGCUCGUGCAUAUGGUCUUCCAAAAGUGCACAAGCCGGAUGCCCCACUGCGGAUCAUUGUACCACUCAUCGGGUCACCCACUUACAAUAUAGCUAAGUGGAUGUACAAGAAUUUGAAACACCUAACUCAUGGAUCAGAGUACAACAUCAACAACUCGUAG